AUGGACGGAGGCAAUCAGUCUGUGGUGUCAGAAUUUAUACUCUGGGGACUUACCAACUCAAAAAAUAUUCAGGUCUUACCAUUUGUGAUAUUUUUGACACUUUAUCUGCUCAUCAUGUGUGGAAAUACUGUCAUCUUGACCUUAAUCACCACUGAUCCCCAUCUCCAUUCUCCCAUGUACUUCUUGUUGGCCAAUCUGUCUUUUAUUGAUAUGUGGCUUUCCUCAAACACUACUCCUAAGAUGAUCACAGACUUUCUUAGGGAAAACAAGACCAUUUCCUUUGCAGGAUGCAUUUCCCAGAUCUUUUUUGCUCAUUGUGUUGCUGGAGCAGAGAUGGUGCUGUUGGUGGUAAUGGCUUAUGACCGCUAUGUGGCCAUCUGCAAACCACUCCACUACUUCACCAUCAUGAACCUGAAAAGAUGCACUGGGUUGGUGUUGAUUUGUUGGACCACCGGCUUUAUCCACGGUAUAAGCUACAUAGCGGUGAUUGUACAGCUGCCGUUUUGUGGUCCUAAGGAAAUAGACAGUUUCUUCUGUGACAUGCCGCUAGUAAUCAAGCUUGCCUGCAUGGAUUACCAUGAUUUAAAUACUUUAAUGAAUGCUGAAUGUGGGGUUGUGAUUAUAACCUGCUUCACUCUGUUGCUGAUAUCCUACAUGUAUAUCCUUAUCACUGUUCAUCAGAGCUCUAAAGCUGGUGCAUCUAAAGCCCUGUCCACGUGCACUGCCCACAUCACAGUGGUGAUGAUCUUUUUUGUGCCCUGUCUCUUCAUCUAUGUGUGGCCACUCAGUAUCACAUGGCUGGAUAAAUUUCUCGCUAUGUUUUACUCUGUUUUUACACCUCUCCUAAAUCCAGCUAUUUAUACUCUGAGAAAUAAAGAGAUGAAAAAUGCUAUGAUAAGGUUCAUAGGCAAAUUUCUGGGUCCCAAAGAAAAUUUCUAG